AUGAUCAACCUGCUCAGCCGCCCAGCACUGAACGACCCCCACUACCUGCCCUCGCCCUCCAGAGCAGCACUCUUCUUCAGCCAGCCAUCACCCGCCAUGCCCCACUUCUCCAGCAGCCCAACACCCUCCGAAGCCCCCUCCGAACCCAGCACAUCCACCCACCACCCAAGCAUCCUCCACUCCAGAUCAACCCCCCAUCUGCCCUGCCUCGCCCACGACAGCCCCCCGUUCCCCCUGCCCACCCCUCACACCAAACUCAGCGCAGCCAACAAGGCCCAGCAGCCACUCCCUGCCCUCCAAACACCCCCACAAUUCAUCUUCGAAAACCCCUCCCUGAUCCGCGCACGCAACCAGUCCGCCACCCGCCGCCCCUCAGACGCCCGCCUCACCCCCGAAGCACUCGCCAGCCUCGACAACAAGGCCCUCUCCACCCCGCACCACUCCCAGAACAACAACACCCCGCUCAGCGAGCUCCGCAGAUUCCUCAACAACACCUUCCUCAGCCCCCCCGCCUCCCUCAGGAACCAGGCCAGCUCCUACCCCGGCGGGCUGGCCACCUCCCCCCCACAGGCCACCCUCUCCGCCCGCCCGAGCGGCUUCUUCGCCGGGAGAGCCUCCUUCUCCAAGAAGCACAGCCUCUCCCCCUCUGCCCCCGCCCCCCUCGACAUCCCCGCCCUGCCCACCAGACCCUCAAACUCCAGCCUCAACACCCCCCAUCUGCACAAGAAGUAUGGCAAGUUCGGAAAGGUCCUGGGCUCUGGCGCCGGCGGAACGGUCCGGCUGAUCGGCGGCAACAGCUCCGAGUCCGGCGGGAUCAACUUCAAGCUCAAGUCGUCCGCCGCCAACAAUAGCAACAAACACGAACAGGUCUACGCCGUCAAACAGUUUCGGGCUCGUAAGAAGGAAGAAGGCGAAAAGGAGUAUCUCAAAAAAGUCACUGCCGAGUUUUGUAUCGGAAGCGCAUUACACCAUCCCAACAUCAUCCGCUCCGUCGAGAUCAUCUCCGAGCGAGGGAACUACUACCAAGUCAUGGAGUAUGCAGAGUACGACCUCUUCUCGAUCGUCAUGACCGGCAAGAUGAGCCGGAAAGAAACCUACUGCGUCUUCAAGCAGAUCGUCUCCGGGGUCCACUACCUCCACUCCAUCGGGAUCGCCCACCGGGACCUGAAGCUGGACAACUGCGUGAUGUCGCGCGAGCGGCGGGUGAAGAUCAUCGACUUCGGCGCCGCCACGAUCUUCAAGUACCCCGGUGCGAACAAGCCCACGACCGACGUGGUCGGCAGCGACCCCUACCUCGCCCCGGAGAUCCUGAUCCGGGACAGCCAGGGCAACCGGGCCUGCGACCCGCGGCUGGUCGACGUCUGGAGCGUCGGGAUCAUGUUUGUGUGCAUGAUCCUGCGCCGGUUCCCGUGGCGGAUUGCGGACUCGCGGGCGGACCUCUGUUUCCGGGAGUUUGUGCGCAAGACGCAUCCGCUGAAGAUCGCCAGCCCGCUGGUGGCGCCGCCGCACGGCGGGCCGAAGCCGGCGCCGAAGGGCUCCUCCGACGGCUCCUCGUCCGCCUCCUUCACCACCACCACCACCACCACCUCGUCGUCGUCCUUGUCAUCAUCGGCGGGCCUCAGCAUACAAGAAGCGUCGUCGUCGGAAGCGGCGGCCCGGGAGAGGCGGCCCAGUCGACGGCUGGCCGGUGGGCCGGCCCCGCUGGCCUGGGACCCCGUCGAGCUGGAGCGGGAGGACGCAGAGCUGUCGGAGCAGGACACGCUGUUCAGACUGCUGCCCAAGGAGUCCCGGCUGACGCUCUCGCGCAUGCUGCGCGUCUCCUUCAACCACUCUGCCCUCGGCUGGCUCAACUCCAUCCACACCUGCGUCGACCCCACUCCCUCCGACCAGCAGCACCAAGCCAGCCCCGGCUGCGACCACGACCACGUGCUCGUCAGCAGCAUCAACUCCAAGUCCUCAUGA